AUGUGGUCCUUGAGUGCAAAAUCAAAGGCAAUCCUCCUCCAGAAGGAUAACAAAGACGUGACUGAGUAUUACGAAUACGACAUGAACCAAGAAAUAGUGACAAACAUUGGCAUUAAACCGAGUUUUUUCCAAAUUCCUUACAAUCAGGAGGCAGUUGAAGGAAAGUUAGUUAGAUUUGACUGCCGAGUGGGCGGACGACCCGAACCAGAAGUCAAUUGGUUUCGCGACGGAAAGAUAAUUCUAGACUCAAAUCUUGUCAAAGUAGUAGUCAAUGAGGGAGGCAUUCAUGCUCUCAUGAUUAUGGCCGCUUAUCCGAGCGACACCGGCACCUAUACGUGUGUGGCCAGAAAUAGAGUGGGCGAAGCCGUCUUCAAAGUAUCUCUCAAUGUGGUGGAGAAGGAGCAGACGGUUGCGCCCAAGUUUGUUGAGCGCUUCCAAGCGGUUGAUGUCAAAGAAGGCGAACCCAUUUCACUGCAUUGUCGGGCAGUGGGCGCACCCAUACCUCGCAUCACGUGGCAGAAGGACGGCGUCCAGUUAUACUCGAAUCCACCGGAUUUAGAGAUUAAGACAACCGAAGGCACGUCUACUCUGAUUUUCAACAGAGUGUUGGCCAGACAUUCGGGAUGGUAUCAGUGCACCGCACAAAACCAGGCAGGAAUGGCCGCCACCAGAGCUAAGCUAUAUGUGGAGCCCGACAGGAGAAUACCAGUCGGAGAACCGGUUAUAAUAAAUGUUCCCAAAACUCAUCGAGUGAUUGAACCUGAAAGACCGGAGCCGUCGGAAACCAUAUAUUUAAAACAUAUCGAAAGAACGUAUCAACAAAUCCCGAAACAAAUGCCUGAACCACAGCCACAACCAGCGCUUCCAAAGCCUGCAUUCACAACACAUUUAAGAGAUUUGAUUUUGACUGAAGGAGAAAGAGCUCACUUUGACGCCAGAAUUAUGCCCCUAUCAGACCCCACCAUGAAAGUGGACUGGUAUCUCAACGGAACUCUUAUUGAAUCAAGUUCUAGAGUAUUAACAACAUUUCGAUUUGGUUAUCUCGCCCUCACUAUUAUACACGUCUAUCCAGAGGAUUCAGGUCAUUAUCUUAUUAUUAUUAUUAUUCUGAAAAUAGUAAGUAACGAGUCGGGAGAAGCCGUAACAACGGCUACUCUCAAAUGCAAUCCCAAGACAACCCAUCCAAAGCAAACGAGUCCUCCUGUUGGCGAAGGUAUUGAGAAAUUGCAAACCGUAGAGGACUGGGAGUUAUAUUCAAGAGAACAACACAUCACAGAAGAGAGGCGAACGAAACCAACUUUUGCUAAAUCAUUAAGUCUUCAGGAAGUGAUGGAAGGGGCGAACGCACGCUUUGAGGCACAGAUCACACCAGUCAAUGAUCCGACCCUCAGAAUUGAAUGGUUUUUAAAUGGACAACCAUUAAUGUUGGGGUCGAGAGUGAGUACCGUAUUUAGCUUCGGAUACAUCUCUCUAAACAUAGCAGAGGUGAGGCCAUCGGAUUGUGGGCUAUAUAUGGUUAGAGUGACAAAUGCCGGCGGAGAAGUCGUUUCCACCGCAUCUCUCAAAAUCUUAGUUAAAUCUCCGUCUCAUAAGAGAUCAGAUGAAGACAGUUCUGCACUCAUGAGUCAAAAGAAGCGCUCGAAACAUGAGUUCUUUGAUCGCGAGUUAGAGCCGCACAAUAAGCCGGUGUUUAAAAAACAUAUUGGGGAUCAGUUGGAAGUGUUAGAGGGAAAUACCGCUGUUUUUGAAGCACUUCUUGAACCACAGGGAGACUCAACAAUGAGAGUCGAGUGGCUUAAAGAUGACAAACACCUGAGCGCCAGCUCUCGAAUCAAUCCGUUCUUCAAUUUUGGUUACGUUUCGCUUACAAUCAGAGACGUCGACCGCAGAGAUGCCGGCGUUUACACCUGUGUGGCCACAAACAGUGUGGGUUCCGCCAGAUCUGGCGCUCGACUCACAUCCUUAUCAGAGAAAUCACUCAUAUAUGAAAGCAGCGAUUUGGAGGGUUGGGAGAAGAUCCAGCACAUUGAGGAUUCAGCUUAUUAUAAGAGGGAUGAAUUUACGGAAACAGUAAUCGUUCAAAAACCAAAAUUUAUGACUGCUUUAUGCGGUAAAGUAGACCUCAUUGAGGGACAGACCGCUCAUUUUGAGGCCCGUUUACAACCUAUUGGAGACCCCAAUAUGAAAGUUGAAUGGCGUUUGAAUGGCAGACCACUUCCAACUGGCCAUAGAUUUAAAACUUACUUUGACUUUGGCUUCAUUGCACUCGACGUUUUGAAUGUGGUUCCAGAGGACAGUGGAUCCAUACAAGUGGUGGCACAAAACAAUUGCGGAACCACUACAAUAUCCACUCAAUUAAGAGUUAAAGCCAAAGAACCGAUCGAUAAGACCUCGUUUUAUGACACAACGAGUGAACAGAGAAUACAAACCAUUGAAAAGAAAGUAAUCCGAGAAACCGAUUACUAUAUGGAAGAAAUCAAACAAAUGAAACCUAUAUUUCGGAUUCCACUGCAAGUGCCGCCACUUCUCUACAAUGAGGGCGAGUCCGUACAUAUGGAAGGCUUUGUAGAACCGGUCAACGACUCGGCCCUAACCUUAGAGUGGUUUUUCAAUGGAAAGCCAUUAAUUUCCGGAUCAAGAUAUUUGACUCGAUUUGACUUCGGCUGCCUUUCACUCGAUAUUCUGUCGGUUAGAGCCCAAGAUUCCGGUGAAUAUACAGUUCGGGCGACCAAUCGAUUGGGAAGCGCUCAGUCAAGUAAUACAAUUACUGUUGUCCCACAAUCGGGAGUUAUUAGGGAAUCAGAAUAUUCCGAGAGUUUGGUUGAAAUUCAACGUUUAGAAGAUCGCCGUAACUAUAAGAAAGAAAUCCAAAUGGAUUUUGUUGAGGGAAAGGCUCCAGUUUUUGUCAAACCAUUGCAUAAUAUCGAAACUAAUGAGGAGUCAAAUGUUCACCUCGAGUGCCGGUUAGCACCUUCUGGUGAUAUAGAAACCACUAUUGAGUGGUUUAAAAACGGUCAUCCGAUUACUGUUGGACACAGAUUUAGACCACAGUUUGACUUUGAUUUUAUCGCAUUAGACAUUCUAUGUGUUUAUCCUGAGGACAGCGGUCUCUAUACAUGUAAAGCAAAGAAUAUGUUUGGAGAAGCCGUCUCUUCGUGUAAUCUGAUAUGUCAUGGAAAAAGUCAGCGAAUUGUAUACGAGACACAAAUGUCCGACAGUUUUGUUAACAUAAGACAAUUGGAAGAAAGGAAUCGAAGAUUAGCUAAAGACUCGUCGGUCACGGAAGAGAUUCAUAAAACAAAACCAAAGUUUUUGACAAAAUUUCGAGAUCUUGAGUUAAAUGAGUUCCAAUCGGCACAUCUGGAGUGUCGGGUUGAGCCCAUCAAUGAUCCAAACUUGAAGGUUGAGUGGUUUCAUAACGGACAUCCACUUCCAAUUGGCCAUAGAUUCCAACCGUUUUUUGAUUUCGGUUAUAUUGCACUUAAAAUUUUGCAAAUCAUUGAAGAGGACUCCGGUGUCUAUACCUGUAGGAUAACUAACAGCUAUGGAAGCGAUGAAAUGUCUGCGACCAUCAUAUGUCACGGAAAGGCUUCUAUUGAAAGAGAUUCUCAGUUUCCAGACGCUUACCAAAAGACAAAGCAAUUAGAAGAACGCGGAUAUUAUACCAGAGAUUCUUAUGUCGACGAAACCACAAAACAGGCGCCGGUGUUCACAACAGCGCCCAGAAAUAGAGAAGUGACAGAAGGAGAUCGCGUCCACUUUGAGUGCCAAUUGACACCAAUCGGUGACCCGACUCUAUCAGUGGAGUGGUUUAAAAACGGAGAGCCAUUACUUCAAGGCUCGAGAUUUGUUGAGAUCUUUGAUUUCGGUUUCGUUGCACUCGACAUACAACACGCCUAUCCGGAAGACAGCGGAAGAUAUACUAUAAAAGCGAAGAACGCUUUCGGAGAGGCGACUACACAAGCAUUUCUCAAAUGUCGGCCCACUUCUAGUCUCAUCACAAGCACUCAAUUAGAGGGCAGUCUCUCUAGUAUUAGACGACUCGAACAUAAAAGAGAACGAGAGAUCGAAGAGGAGGAAGCGGUGUCCGAAUCACCCGUUUUUACUCAACCCAUGAAAAAUUUAUCUCUGAUUGAGAACCAAAGCGCACACUUUGAGAGCCGUCUGAUCCCAGUGGGCGAUCCCAAUAUGCGGGUCGAGUGGUUUCAUAACGGGUCGCCUCUAAUGCUCGGCUCAAGAAUGUCUACAAUCAAUGAUUUCGGUUACGUUGCGCUUGAUUUCAAGUAUGUGAAGCCCUCUGACAGCGGGACUUUCACUUGUAAAGCAACCAAUCUUUUGGGUCGAGCCGUCUGUUCGGUGACUCUACACGUCGAGGACACCAAGUCAAUCAUUUGUGACACUUCUUUCCCCGAUAGUGUCCAAAAGAUAUCAUCUCUUGAGGGAAGGAAUUAUUAUCGAAAGGAAGAAAUCAGUGAAAUCUCUUCCGACAGAAAACCUUAUUUUGUGACUCAAUUAAAAGGUCCGAAUGUUGCAGAAGAAGGAAAGAGCGCUCACUUUGAGUGUCGUAUCGAACCAUUUCCUGACGACACUAUGACUGUCGAGUGGUUUCUUAACGGACAUCCCCUUCAGAUAGGGAACAGAUACCGAACAUUAUUCGAUUUUGGAUUCGCAGCCCUCGAUGUCAUGAGUCUUAUACCAGAAGAUUCUGGAGAUUAUGAGAUUAUAGCUACAAAUCAUUUGGGUUCUAACUCUUCGAAGGUUACGUUGAGAGUUGUGGACAGAGGGAGUCUACUCUUGGAUUCAAUACAGCCGAGUAGUCUCAGCAAAAUCCGAGCCCUCGAGACCCCCAGGAGAACCAAAAGAGAAGAGGACGACACCAUUUAUGUGGAUAAACCAGAAUUUGGAAAUUCUUUACGCAAUUAUGAGAAUUUAAAGGAAGGCGAACCCUUCCAUAUGGAGGCGACACUCACUCCUGCAGACGACCCCACUAUGAGAGUCGAGUGGUUAGUCAAUGGAGUUCCUCUUCAAACGGGUCAUCGUUUUAAAGCACUACACGAUUUCGGUUUUGUAGCCCUCGAUGUCCUCUAUGCAUAUCCCGAAGAUUCGGGUACUUAUAUGUGUCGAGCUGUCAAUGAGGCCGGAGAAGCAGUCACUACCGGUUCCAUACGAGUUGAACCCAGAAAAGUGAUCGAUACGGACCCUAUUCACGAGGAAAGCCUUCAGCAAAUAGCAGCACUGGAAAGACCGCACAUCAGACAUAGAGUGUCACCUCAAUUGGAAACAUGUCGUCCCGUUUUUACAAAACAAUUGAAAAAUUUAGAAAACCUAAGAGAAGGUCAGUCCGCACAUCUUGAGUGCAGACUCGAGCCCAUCAACGACCCGACGAUGACUGUUGAAUGGUUUCUGAAUGGAAUUCCUCUGAAGACUGGACACAGAUUUAAACUAACCAAUGAUUUCGGGUAUAUAGCACUCGAUAUACUUUAUGUUUAUCCCGAAGACACGGGUACUUAUAUGGUUAGAGCCACCAAUGAGUUAGGAGAAGCAAUCAUCACUUGUAUUAUAAGUGUAUUGGAGAAGAGAUCCAUCAAUUAUGACACAAACAAUCCGGAAGGACUCGAGAGAAUACAGCACUUAGAGAGACAGACAACCAGAGGACUACAAGAAGUUGAAGAAAGACCUCCAACUGAACCCAUGUUUUUAUCCAAACUUAGAGGCACUACGAAACUGAUUGAGGGAGAGAGGGCUCACUUUGAAUGUAGAGUCGAGCCCUCAUAUGAUCCAAACCUUGAGAUUGAGUUCUUAAGGAACGGACAGCCAUUAAUUUCCGGCUCACGUUUCCAUACAUUCUGUGAUUUUGGAUACGUAUCGCUUGACAUCGCAUAUGUUUAUCCCGAAGAUUCUGGCAGUUAUUCUGUGAGAGCUUCCAAUCUGUUGGGAGAAGUGAUCACUUCUAUUAGUCUUCACGUCCAGGGCAAAAGUUCUAUUCAGACGGAAAGCAUGCAUUCACAGGCUUUACCUAAAUUGCAUGCUUUGGAAACAGAAUAUCGUUACACAGUUCAAGAAGAAGUUCUUACUUUUCAAAGACCAGUCUUCACGACUCCCAUACAAAACAUAGAUAACCUGUUGGAGGGGGACUCCGCUCACUUCGAGUGCAAACUUAUUCCCGUUGGAGACCCCACUCUUGAAGUCGAAUGGUUUCACAAUAAUAUUCCCUUAAAAACUGGCUCAAGAUUUAUAACAACUAAUGAUUUUGGUUACGUUGCUCUCGAUAUACUGCACAUUCAACCCGAAGACUCCGGAGUUUAUACGAUUCGUGCCAUCAAUUCAUUGGGAGAAGCGAUCACAACGGCUACGAUGAGAGUGAACUCCAAAGCUGCCGUUCAGAUCCAUUCACAACACCCGGAAGGACUGCAACAAAUUCAAGCCCUCGAGAGAGCCAAACAUAUUAGACCGCGAGAAGAGCCUGAGCACUGGUUUGAAAAGCCUGUGUUUACCACACCACUGAUAGGACCUCAUGAUUUGAUAGAAGGACAGGCCGCACAUUUUGAGUGUCGUGCCAUUCCUGUUGGCGAUCCCGACUUGGAUUUCAUUUGGUAUUUGAAUGGCAAUGAACUGCUAUUAGGCUCUAGAAUAGCGACUUCACACGACUUCGGCUAUAUUUGUCUUGACAUCGCGUCAACUGUUGCCGAAGAUUCCGGCGUUUAUAUGAUUAAAGCAAUUAAUAGAUCCGGAGAAGCAAUUACUUCGUCUUCAUUGAGAGUCAAAGCCUUCAGACAAACUCAAGUGUUUGAAAGUGAUAUUCGAAGAGUUGAAGAGACUAUAGAAGAAAGAUAUGAGAGACCAGUCUUUACUAAACAACUCUCGAGUGUAGAGAAUCUAAAAGAAGGCGAUUAUGUCUGUAUUGAGGCUCAGAUCGAGCCAUCGAAUGACGAGAAACUGGUUGUCGAGUGGCAUAAAAAUGGACAAUAUUUGGUGUUAGGCUCCAGAAUAACCACACGUUUUGAUUUCGGCUUAAUAUCACUUGAAAUUAUGGACAUCAAAGCUGAGGACUCAGGGAUUUAUACCUGCAGAUAUGCCGUCUCUCAUGACUUUGGUUAUGUGUCCGUCGAUAUUGCUUUUGUAUACCCAGAAGAUUCUGGUGUUUAUACGUGCAGAGCAUUCAACCAGAGGGGUCAGGCAUUAUCGACUGCGUCAUUAAAAGUGGUGGGAAAGGGAUCUAUUGAUACAACAACAUUGCACCCGACAGGCCAACAAGGGUUGGAGCGUAUUAAACAACUCGAGACAACUGUUGAAAGAGUGUCGGUCACCGAAAAGAAACCCGAGUUUUCAAAACCAUAUUUUGUAAUACCUUUGAAACACAACUUCAAAGUCAAUGAAAGUGAAGGAUUGCAUUUGGAGUGCAGAGUCGAGCCUUCAAAUGAUCCAAACUUAUGUAUUGAAUGGCUUUCCAAUGGACAACCGUUGACCAGUGGCUCGCGAUUUGCGACUACCAGUGAUUUUGGAUUUAUAGUAAUGGAUAUCCAUGAUCUAUGGGUCAGAGAUAGUGGUGUUUACACUUGCAGAGCCACCAAUCAAUUGGGAGAAGCAUUUACUUCAACACAAAUCGAUGUGAUGGCAAAGAGUGUCACUUCUCAAAGUCAGAGAACUCCACAAAGUGUACAGCAAUCGGAUGUAAACGAAGAGCUCUUUGACUUCGAAGCGAUUCAAAUGCCAAAAAUCACUCUUUUGUCUAAACAUAUGACAAAUCUGACGGAAGGCGAGUCCGCACAUAUCGAGGCCAGUCUUACACCAAUAGACGACCCCUCUAUGACUAUUGAAUGGUUGUUCAAUGGAGAACCACUUGAAGCAAGCAAUCGGAUCAAUACAAUCCAUUCGUUUGGAUACAUAAUUCUGGAGAUUUUCAAUACUAAGACCGAAGACUCGGGAACCUAUACUUGUGUCGCGACCAAUGAUUGCGGAACACAUCGUUUGGAUAUUCAGUUGGAGUGCAUAGAAUCGGAACGAGGAGAGAGACCUAACUUUGUGACACAAAUGCAACCCGUAUUAGGUCUUAAAGAAGGCGAAAGCGCUCACUUUGAGUGCAGACUAGAACCGGUCGGUGACCCCACACUUACCAUCGAAUGGUAUCACAACGGACUGCCAUUGACUCCCAGCUCGAGAAUUAAGUUAAUGAAUGAUUUCGGGUAUGCAGUGAUGGAUAUCUCUUACGUUCAUUCAGAAGAUUCGGGUGAAUAUGUUUGUGUGGCGUCCAAUAAAUUGGGGUCAGACACCACAAGGUUUACACUGCAGUGCAGUCCCACCACUAAAGUAGUCAAACACACACUCCUUCCCGAAAGUAUGCAACAAAUUCAUGCACUCGAAGGCUAUGCGAACGUCCAGAAUAAGAGUUAUAUUAUGCCGACGGCCAGUCAAUCGCCCAAAUUCUUGAGUCCAAUCAAAGAGUUAUUAAAUUUAGUCGAAGGACAGAGCGCUCACUUUGAAACCCAAUUGGUUCCCAUCAAUGAUCCAGAAAUGACAGUUGAGUGGUAUUUGAAUGGAGAGCCCCUUAGAUCUGGUCAACGCUUCCGAACAUUCAAUGAUUUCGGUUUUGUUGUCCUCGAUAUCUUGGACUGCGAUGAAAGAGAUAGCGGUGCCUAUGAGUGCAGAGCGACCAAUAGCUUUGGUGCCGACACCAUCACUACUACAUUAAAGUGCAAACCAAAACCAAAAGUGAUUCUCGAAUCUCAACUUCCGAUUGAGAUGUCCAGAGGUAUCGAGAGUUUGAUUCAAUACGAAGAAUCGCUUAAUGUUAAGCCUAUGGAGUAUACGGAGGAACUGGUGUGGGAAUCGCCACGUUUUGACGUUCCCCUCGAAAAUGUUACUAAUCUUAAAGAAGGCGAUGGUUUACACAUUGAAACCAGAAUCACACCAACCGAUGACCCAAAUCUGACCAUUGAAUGGUUGAAAAAUGGGCAGCCAUUGAGAGCUAGUAAUAGAAUCCGAACCAUUUCUGACUUUGGUUUUGUUGUUUUGGAAAUAAAUCCGGUUUAUAGCGAAGACAGUGGACUCUACUCUGUGAGAGCCACCAAUAAUACCGGCGAAGCCGUGAUGACAUGUAAUAUAAAGUGUGAGUCCAGUAGAAAAGUGGUUCUGGACAGUCAACUCCCAGACAGUAUGGAGACAACGAUUCAAAAGCUGUCACAAUUUGAAGACACAGUUGUGCGACAAGUGAGUGAAAGUUGGACUCAAAUCGAGGAACAACCGCCAAAAUUCUUGAAUCCACUCAAAGACAUUGCAAUCAAAGAGAACGAUUUCGUUCACUUCGAGUCCAGAUUAAUACCAAUCAGUGAUCCGACGAUGAGAGUCGAGUGGUUUGUAAACGAUAAGCCACUGACCACUGGAUCACGAUUUAGAACCAUAAGUGACUUCGGAUAUGUUGUCCUCGAGAUCGCCGAAGCAUAUCCUCGCGAUUCGGGUCUCUAUGUCUGUAAAGCUGUUAAUAAGUUCGGCGAAGACUCCAUCUCCUGUCGACUAUUCGUCAAAAGUCAGACAACAGUUGUCUUAGAGUCACAAUUGCCCGCAGAAUAUAUCACAGGCGCUGAUAGUGUGCAGAGAAUGGAGACACUUAUGGCUCAAAUGCCUCAAUCAGUUAGAGUUGAUUCGGAACAACCAGUUCCGCCUAAAUUUAUGACACAAAUAAAGAAUUUAAAUAAAUUAGAGGGCGAUUCCGCACAUUUCGAGUGCAGACUAGAGCCCAUUAACGACCCAUCCUUGAGGGUUGACUGGUAUUUGAAUGACAAACCAUUAAUGACAGGGUCCCGAAUUCAUACAAUUAAUGACUUUGGGUUUGUUGUACUCGAAAUCGAUUGGCUGUUUCCUCGAGAUUCCGGUGUCUAUAAGUGUGUGGCCACUAAUUCUUGGGGCUCUGAUUCAACUCAAGCCACUGUCAACGUGAAGGCUAAAAAAGAUAUAGUGGUUGACAGCCAAUUACCACCGGGAGUGUCAUCACAGCUAUGGAAGCAAUCAGAAUACGCUCUCAUUCAAGAAGGAUUAAGUGAAGACAUUUCACUUCAAACGCCACGAUUUGUCACAGAAAUGAAGUCUUUGGAGCAUUUGAUUGAAGGCGAUAACAUCCACUUUGAGUGCAGACUCGAGCCCAUAACUGAUGGCCAGUUAGCUGUCGAAUGGUUUCAUAACGGAGAGCCCUUACGCUCUGGUCAUCGGCAUAAAGCUAUCCAUGACUUUGGCUUUGUUUCACUGGAUAUCUUGUCUGCUUAUCCAGAGGAUUCUGGAGAAUACAUUUGUCGCGCAAAAUCACCUAAAGGUGAGACUGAGAUCAGAGCUAUGGUUAAAGUAAAGGCCAGACCCUCUUUAAUAACAACAUCUCAAUUACCAACCGAAAUGUCAAUGGCUGUCAAUAGGAUGAUAGAAAUGGAGUCAUCGACAGAAAUAGUGGAGACCGUGGAGGAGGAAGAGAUCAAGAGAAUGGCUCCAAGUUUUGUGUUAAAACCCGAGCCAUUAGUGGUAUUAGAGGGCGAUUGCGCCAAAUUUUGUUGUCGUCUAAUCGGAAAUCCCAAACCAAGAGUGUUGUGGAGUAUUGGCGGCAAUACUGUAGUCCACGGCUCGAGAUAUAAACUUCGAUACGACGGAAUGCAUCACUUGGAGAUCCCAAAGGCCAGACAAUACGAUAAGGGAAUCCUUGAGGUGUACGCCAAGAACGCCGUCGGAGAGGCCUAUUGUAGCACUACUAUAGACGUGAAGCCCAAGAAUGAUGACUACCGAGCAGUUCUGAAGCAUUCGCCGAAACCAUAUUAUGACGAAAAUGUAACUAAAUAUCAAAUUGAAAGACAAAACUCUGAACUCGAAAAAGUGUUUGAAGAGAGAACAGCUCCGGGAGAAGGAGGUGCUGAAGAAUCGGUGGUUUGGUAUACGGGAAAAGUUGACGAACAGAACAGAAUCAAAAUCAGAGAUACGGUGAGAGACGACACGACCAUCGACUCGGAUGUGACUCUCUGUAUGCAAGGGAAACGCGAUGUUGAGACCAGUGACCAAACAGUGGCCAAACCAAAGAAGGUAUUCAUUAAAUCGCAAACAAAAGCCAAACCGAUUGAAGAGAUUGCCACAACUGUGGCGCCAGAAGUGAAAUCUGUUGAUAAACGAGCGCCAGUUGUGUCAGAGGAGAAGAUAUCGGAACAAAAGUUUCAAAUAACCGAAAAAGAGGCUCCGAUUACUCCCGAGUCUGUAAUUCAUGGCAAAGAAGUGGUCGUUCAGACACAGAAACAAACCCAAAAAGAAGAGAAAGAAGACGUGGAGAUCACGCGACACAUCCGAGAGACAGAAAGUGUAGAUCACGAACACAAGUCUGUUAUAAAACAACGGAAAAUAAUGGGAAAAGUGCCCGAAACCAAAGCACCAAAUUUCACCAAAAAGAUAGCCCCGUGCCGUACGUAUGAGAAAUCUGAAGCGCGUUUUGAGUGCACGUUCACAGGCCUUCCCAUUCCCACCAUUACGUGGUUUAGGGAAAACUUUCCGAUUCAAGACUCACAGGAUUUUAAUAUUAUAACGACUGAAAACAGUUCGACACUAAUCAUCAAAGAGGUAUAUGUGGAGGACUCCGGUAUUUUCAGUGUAAAGGCCGAGAAUAGGGGCGGUUCUGCUAAAUGUUCAGCAAAUCUGAUUGUUGAAGAAUAUAGAGAAACCAGAAGUGGAGAUCUGAUUCCUCCGAGUUUUAUGAAGACAAUCCAAUGCGUGACCACAAAAGUGGGACAAUUGAUUCGAUUGGACGCUAAGAUUGGUGGAUCCAAACCAUUGAAUGUGUUUUGGAUAAAAAAUGGGGAAAGAGUUACGCAAAACAAAAGGCAUAAAGUGGUUGAGGACGAGGACCAGUUCACACUACUUAUACUGGAGGCCGAGACAAGUGAUGCCGGAUCUUACGAAUGUGCGGCCAUUAAUAAGGCCGGAGAGGCUCAUUGUAUUUGUCAGGUCCUCGUGGAAGCGCCGGUAAUACAGAGGCAACUCUCUAAGGAAGAAAUGGUCCCACAAUUAGUGGAACCGCUCACAGAUGUGAUCGUCAAAGAAGGCCAGACAGCUCUAUUCAAAUGUCGGAUUAGUGGCACUUCUUCGUCGGAAGUGAUUUGGAUCCGAGAGGGCGAACACAUCAAACAGAGUCGAUAUUUCCGGAUGACUGAAGACGGAGAGUACCACACAUUAAGGAUAUCGGAAGCGUUUGCCGAAGACGAGGGAAUGUAUAAAUGUGUGGCCGGAAAAGUGUCCACUUCUGCCAAACUUAGAGUAAUCGAAGACAGAGAAGUAACGCCACAAAUGACUCCAUUGACUGACUUAACUGUUAUGGAGGGCUCUCCGGCCCGGUUUGUGACCGCUCUGUCGGGUUCUCCCACUCCGAAGAUAAUGUGGUACCGGGACGGACAUGCGAUUGAGCCGUCGCGGGAUUUUCAGAUGUCUCAGGACUGUGCCUCGUGUUCGCUUGUCAUACGACAAACCUAUGCUGAGGACGAAGGCAUCUACGAGUGCGUGGCGUCGACACCCGUCGCUCAAAGCAGGACUUCUGCGCGACUGUCCGUUGAAAGUAAGCAGAAGUAGAGAUGAAAACCCAUUCAAUCGACUGAUGACUUGAUAAUUGCUUUCAAUUAUUAAAUCCCAACCAUAUAUCGCACG